AUGGUUAGCACAUUGAGCCGUUUCUUUCCACUAUGCUCCCGACUUCCGGUGAUUUCGAUUCGCUUACUUGGUGCUGGAAUGCGCUCUCGAAGCUGUUUGGAGACGACCACAAUGGAACUGUCAAACUCGGAGUACGAGUCAUUGUCCAACGAAACUCUCGACAAGCUGGCCGAAGUGUUUGACAGUUUGGGUGAAAAAUACAAUCUAGACAAGGACUACGAUGUCGAACAUGCGUACGGGGUUCUCAAAGUGUAUUUUGGUGCCGGGAUCGGGACGUACAUAAUCAAUAGACAGGCUCCGAACAAGCAGCUUUGGUUGUCUUCUCCUCGUAGCGGUCCGAAAAGAUAUGACUUCAUUCGUUCAAGAGAUGAAUGGGUAUACAGACAUGACGGAACCGCUCUACAUGAACUUCUUGCUCACGAAAUUUCCGAUAUUGUCAAAUCCACCAUUGCUUUUCCCAAACGAUGA